CGCUAAACUACUAUUUCCGGCGCUUGUCUCAGCCCGAGCAAAUCUUGCUUUUUGACUUUUAUUAGAAUCCGAAUUUUUCUCUCUCUUUUUAGUACGGGGAAAGAAAAGAAAACGAGAAUGGAUUCUUUUGUGAUAUUUUCUUGAUAUAAAACACAGGUAUAAAAGCUGAGAUACCAAACUUUUUUUUUUCAUCAUUACGACUUUCACACUUACUCAACCAGACAUAAUGGGAUUCCUUCAAACAGCAAAUUCAUCCUCCUUCACCACGGGUAUGUCUGAUUCUCUACUUCUUUCCAUUGGUGAGAAACUGGGAGGUGCCGGUGGCCUUGAUUUUCUGUUGAACCCAAUUUUCUUGCGUUUCUUGACGCUCUCUUUGCACUUGAUUUUGUUAUUUAUUGUCAUCAUCUCCUGGCUUCACAAGAAAUUCUGGACCAACGGCGGUGAAAACCAUGGUAGAUAUAAUAGUAAUACUCUCCAAUACUACAAAACAACCCUUUUUUCCUCUUUAGGCCUUUCAUUAUUCAAUCUUAUUUUAUGCCUUUUGAGCCUCUUCUAUUGGUAUAGAAAUAGUUGGAGUGAUGAAAAGAUUCUAACUUUAUCGGAAUUGGGCGUCAAAACAGUUUCUUGGCUCUCUUUAUAUCUUUUCCUGCAUAUUUAUUUCUCGAAUUUGAAAGAAUCCAAGUAUCCCUUUGUUCUGAGGCUUUGGUGGGGGCUCUUCUUCUGUGUUUCUUGCUAUUGCCUAGUGAGUGACGUUUUUUAUUUCGAAAAGGCGAAAUAUUUGUCGACUCUGUUUUGGGCCUCUGAUGUUGUUUCAACCCUUAUGAGUUUAGUGUUUUGUUUUACUGGAUUUUGGGGUGGGAAAAUGGAUGGGGACACUAUCCUUGAAGCACCACUUUUAAAUGGCAGUGCUACAAAUGGUGUGGAGUCUGAGACACCAGCCAAAGGGGAUGAGACUGUGACCCCUUAUGACAAUGCUGGCUUCUAUAGUCUCUUUACUUUCUCGUGGAUGAGGCCUCUGAUCGCACUAGGGUACGAGAAAACGUUGGAUCUUGAGGAUGUUCCUCAGCUUUCUGGCUUGGAUACUGCUGGAGGGGCGUUACCGGUUUUGAAUGAUAAGCUGGUGUCUUAUAGUCGAGGAACUAACCGAGUCACGAUGACCAUGCUAGCCAAGGGAUUGCUCUUUACUGCAUGGAGAGAAGUUGUGCUAUCAGCUGUUUGUGCGCUGAUAUACACGUUGGCUUCUUAUGUUGGUCCGUACCUCAUUGAUGUGUUUGUCCAGUACUUGAAUGGAAGUAGGCAUUUCGCAAAUGAGGGCUAUGUAUUGGUUUCUGCGUUCACCAUUGCAAAGAUGUUUGAGUGCUUUGCGCAGAGACAUUGGUUUUUUAAGGUUCAACAGGCUAGUUAUAGGGCGAGGGCAGCAUUAGUUGCCAAAAUAUAUAUUAAGGGGUUGACGCUUUCGUGUCAAUCAAAGAAAGAGCAUACAACGGGGGAAAUUAUUAAUUUUAUCUCAGUUGAUGCUGAGAGGAUAGGUGACUUUGGUUGGUAUAUGCAUGAUCCGUGGAUGGUGGUUCUGCAAGUCGUCUUAGCAUUACUGAUAUUGUAUAAAGAUCUUGGACUUGCUUCAAUAGCAGCACUUGCUGCUACUAUUUUGGUCAUGUUAGCAAAUAUUCCACUUGGAAAAUUGCAGGAGAAAUUUCAGGACGAGUUGAUGAAAUCCAAAGAUGAAAGGAUGAAGGCAACUUCAGAAGUCUUGAGGAACAUGAGAAUCCUUAAACUUCAGGCAUGGGAGUUGAAGUUUCUCUCUAGGAUUCAGGAUCUUAGGAGUGUAGAAACCCGAUGGUUGGCAAGAUAUCUUUAUACGACAGCCUUUACCACAUUUGUGUUUUGGGGUGCUCCUACAUUUGUGUCUGUGGUAACUUUUGGUGCUUGUAUGCUCAUGGGAAUCCCACUUGAAUCGGGAAAAAUACUAUCUGCGUUGGCAACCUUUCGGAUUCUUCAAGAGCCAAUUUACAAUCUGCCUGAUACAAUAGCCAUGAUUGUUCAGACCAAAGUUUCGUUGGAUCGAAUUGCGUCUUUCCUUUCUCUUGACGAUCUGCCACCAGAUGUAGUACAGAAGAUUCCGGUUAGUAGUUCUGAUAUUGCUGUUGAGGUAAUAAAUGGAAAAUUUUCCUGGGAUGUAUCAUCACCUAGUCCCACGUUGAGAGAUAUUAAUUUUAGAGUUUCACGUGGCAUGAAGGUUGCAGUUUGCGGCAUGGUUGGCUCUGGCAAGUCAAGCUUACUUUCUAGUAUUUUGGGGGAAAUACCAAAAAUAUAUGGGGUUGUUAGUCUUUCAGGAACGAAAGCCUAUGUUGCUCAGUCAGCUUGGAUUCAGAGUGGAAAGAUAGAAGAAAAUAUACUGUUUGGUAAGGAAAUGGAUAGACAAUGGUACAACAGAGUACUCGAAGCAUGUUCACUGAAUAAAGACCUAGAGAUUCUCGCUUUUGGGGAUCAAACUGUUAUUGGUGAGAGAGGAAUCAACAUGAGUGGUGGACAGAAGCAGAGGAUACAGAUUGCGCGAGCUCUUUACCAAGAUGCUGACGUUUAUUUAUUUGAUGAUCCGUUCAGUGCUGUGGAUGCACAUACAGGCACUCAUCUUUUCAAUGAAUGCAUUAUGCGGCUUCUGGAUUCCAAAACCGUUAUAUAUGUUACUCAUCAAGUGGAGUUUCUGCCUGCUGCUGAUCUUAUUCUGGUUAUGAAAGACGGACAAAUUAAACAAGCAGGCAGAUACAACGACAUUCUCAGGUCAGGAAGUGACUUCAUGGAACUUGUCGGUGCACACGAGGAGGCUUUAUCAGCUCUUGAUUCCAUUAGUAUGGAGAAAACAGCGGGAAGUAGCGAUAAAAAUGCUAAGCCUGUUUUACAGGAAUCUCAAAAUCAUGAAAAUGAUGACAAUAAUGAUGAAACAAAGGCUCAGCUUGUUCAAGAAGAAGAAAGGGUGAAAGGAAGUGUAGGGCUGUCAGUUUACUGGAACUAUAUUACGACAGCCUAUGGAGGACUCCUAGCACCGAUUGCUUUGCUAUCUCAGGUUGCCUUUCAGGUGCUUCAAAUCGGAAGCAAUUAUUGGAUGGCUUGGGCAACUCCUGUUUCCAAGGAUGAAGCACCUCAAGUUGGAGGCUCUACCCUUAUCCUUGUCUAUGUUGCAUUGUCGAUUGGAAGUGCUUUUUGCAUUUUGGGGAGGGCUUUAUCUGUUGUGACCAUUAGCUACAAAACUGCAAACAUACUCUUCAACAAGAUGCAUCUCUGCAUAUUCCGUGCACCCAUGUCUUUCUUUGAUUCCACUCCAAGUGGGCGGAUUCUGAAUAGAGCAUCCACGGACCAAAGUACUGUUGAUUUGAACAUGGGUAUCAUUUCGCUCUUUUGUUUUGCUGUGAUUCAGCUCCUCGGAAUAGUUGCAGUCAUGUCACAAGUUGCUUGGCAGGUCUUCAUCAUUUUCAUUCCAGUAAUUGCAAUUUGCAUAUUGUUACAGAGAUAUUACAUAGCUGCUGCGCGAGAACUUGCCCGACUAUGUGGUGUGAGCAAAGCUCCAGUUAUACAACACUUUUCGGAGACACUAUCAGGAUCAAUCACCAUUAGAAGUUUUGAUCAGGAACCCAGAUUCCGAGAGAUUAGCUUAAGACUAAUAGAUGGAUAUUCACGACCUAAGUUUAAUACAGCUGGUGCUAUGGAGUGGCUAUGCCUUCGUCUGGAUGUGUUAUCUCUCAUGACGUUUACCUGUGCACUGAUUUUCCUGAUUACUCUUCCUGAAGGAACUAUUGAUCCAAGUAUUGCAGGUUUAGCAGUGACAUAUGGCCUUAAUUUAAAUAUGUAUCAAUCCUGGGUUGUUUGGAAUCUUUGCUUUAUGGAGAACAGAAUCAUAUCAGUCGAAAGAAUACUUCAGUAUACUUCACUUCCAAGUGAACCUCCUCUUGUUAUAGAGUCGAACAGGCCAGCGAGUUGCUGGCCUACCCAAGGAGAAGUCAAUAUCCAAGACCUUCAGGUUCGAUACGGUCCUCACAUGCCAUUUGUGCUGCGAGGCCUAACAUGUACUUUCUUUGGUGGGAAGAGGACUGGUAUAGUAGGAAGGACAGGAAGUGGCAAAUCGACUCUUAUUCAGACACUCUUUCGAAUUGUAGAACCCACAGUGGGGCAGAUUGUGAUUGAUGGUAUCAAUAUCUCAGAUAUUGGGCUGCAUGAUUUACGAUCUAAGUUGAGCAUAAUCCCACAGGAUCCAACAAUGUUUGAGGGAACUGUUCGGACUAACCUCGACCCCCUUGAAGAGUAUACAGACGAGCAGAUAUGGGAGGCUCUUGAUAAGUGCCAGCUUGGUGAUGAGGUUAGGAAAAAAGCAGAGAAGCUCGAUUUUGCAGUGACUGAGAAUGGAGAGAACUGGAGCGUGGGUCAAAGGCAGCUGGUUUGCCUUGGGCGCGUGCUUCUGAAGAAAAGCAAGGUCCUUGUGCUCGAUGAAGCAACAGCAUCAGUCGACACAGCAACGGAUAAUCUGAUUCAACAGACCCUGAGGAACCAUUUUUGUGACUCGACAGUUAUAACGAUUGCACAUAGGAUUACAUCCGUACUGGACAGCGACAUGGUUGUGCUUCUAGACAACGGAUUACUUAAGGAAUAUGAUACGCCGGAGAAGUUGUUGGAGGACAAGUCGUCUCUGUUUGCAAAGCUGGUGGCGGAAUACAGCAUGAGAUCAAGUUCUACUAGUGUUGAACAUCUUUCAAAUGAUUAAAUCAAUAUCCAACAAUCUUCUUCUUUAGUACUUAGUAGUAGUAUCAAUGAUGAUGAAACUUUUAGAUGAUUCAUAUAAGGAUAAAUUCAAGUUUUUUGUUUCAUUCAAACCUUCAGUGUUGAUGAUGUAACACUAAUAUGAAUUUUAACAAAAGGCUUGAAUUUAUCCUUUUGUUACCAUUGGUUUA